AAGGAUAAGGUAAUCAAAAACCAAUGUGCGUCUCCUGGCCUCAUACUUUGAGUUCCCUGGUAAAGGCAAUGAAAAUGAACACCAACAUGCUCUCUACCUACCCAAAACACUUCACUACAAUCCCAAUACCAAUUUCUUCCAAAUCUCAACAUGGCCAUGUUCAAUCCUUUGUUCGUUUUCCUAUUAGAAGCAGCAGCAGUGAUAGCAAUAACAACAAUGCAACCAGCAGCAUCAAUGAUAAUGACAACGAAUCACAACCCAUAACACCACCAAACACGUUGGAGAUUCGAUACCGAAGACGUUCAUCUAAACGAAGAAAGCAGAAGGAAGAAGAAAUGAUUAAUGCAGCAAAACAAGUUGCCAAACCUAAGCCUCCACCUAAGGAAUGGGAAUCCAUGACUCUGACUGAGAAAGCAUUGGAGCUGUAUGUGGGAGAAAAAGGCCUUUUGUUUUGGCUCAACAAAUUUGCUUAUGCUUCUAUUUUUAUUAUAAUUGGGGCUUGGAUACUAUUCCGAUUUGUUGGUCCUGCCCUCAACCUUUACCAGCUGGAUACACCUACUCCUCUUGCUCCUGAAUCCAUGUUCACAGGUUCAGAGAAAUCUUGACCACUGGAAACUUCAAGUUUAAGAUGAGAGCAGAAGGAAGAGACAUUUGUGUUCAGGAAUAUUCCAAUUUUUCCCCUGUUUUCUUCUCUGUCGAAAUUUUGUACUACUCUUGUAUGUAACUCGAAACUUAACAGAGUUAAGCAAAUAAACAAGCCAAUACACUCUCCUGAAAACUAGCUAGUACUAUUGCGUUUCGUUUUUCUCUUUCACUAGCUAAAAGGGGAAGCUACAAAUCCAUCAACUUUAUUUUUCUCUUUUUAACUUUUGAGGUUAGUGGUAACCUUGUCUGCUUCUCUCAUUCCAAUCCAUAGAAAUUAUACUAUGUGAUCUAAAGGUGUCAUGUGCAUGCAUCUCGACAUUUUCAAUA